AUGAUUAUUUAUCUUUUUUCUCCUCCGAGUGAUCUUUCUACUGCACUCAUGUACGCAUUCAAUCAACGUCCAGAUACGUUGGCUAUGGAUGAACCAUUCUAUGGAAUCUGGUUGAAAAAUACGAGUAAGAAACAAGCAUUUCAUGACGAAGUUUUGUUACGAAUGGAAUGUGACGAUGCAAAUAAAGUCCACGAUCAAAUUGAACAAAAUGAAAGUAUCAAAGGAAAUGUUUUCGUUAAAGUUACGAUGAAUACUGUACCAUAUGUGAAUGAAAGUCAUCUAUCAAAGUCUCAUUCUAUACUUCUUAUUAAUGAUCCAGCUGAAACGAUCGUGUCACAUAGUAUAAGCGAACCACCGUUAACAUCGGCUGAUUUGUGUCUAGAAGAUCAAAUUCGAAUCUAUAAUUGGUUGAAAAAGAACACCCAAGAAGAUCCGAUUCUUGUGGAUAGUAAUGAGCUGAAACGAAGUCCAGACACAGUUUUAAAAAAGAUCUGUGAUCGAUUGAAGUUACCAUAUACAAACAAAAUGCUAUCGUGGCCAUCGGGUCCUAAAUCAAUCGAUGGUUUUUGGACUCAAUCUGCAUACAGUAAAGUACAUGCUUCAACUGGAUUUUAUUCUUUACCGUGGACACAAGUGGCACGAGAGAACAUUCCAACGAAUUUGAUGGCACUCUACGAUGCAGCUCUGCCUGAUUAUGAAAAACUCCUAUCGAACUGUAUUUGA